UUCCCCUCAGGCAGAACUUUUCCUCCCUUAGUAAAUGCUCCUUGAAACAUCUUGUAACCAACUAUAGACUCUCUUCUGCUCAGAAAUUCCAUCCAAGUCGUCCACCGGGUCUUCCAAUAGGUGGCGCGCCUACACUCCGGCACUUAAGAAUAUUUAGUUUUAUUUCGCCAUUCGAAUGUGUUAUUUGAUAAUUUUGCAACGAAUGUUUUAUAUUUUGUUCUGUCUGUCGUACAUUGGAAACUUGUGGUCGCCAUCUGUGCCAUUACAUAACAGCCACCCUGUAUAUAAUUUUAAAACGACAUUUACUGGUUAAUUACUUUUUGUUUAAUGAUUUUUAACACACUUAGCGGAUACUGUGUGGCGAGCGGGUACAUAUAUGUCUUCUAGUCCGGUUUAACGGGUGAAGGUUGAUGGUAAAAUUCUACAUAAAGUGAAUCAACUAUUGUGCUUUAAGUUCUCCAGUGUUUAACAGUCUGAUCAUGGAUGCACAUUUAAAACACUAUCUGAUCCCAAGAAUUUGAAAAUUCCUUGAUGAAGCAAAAAGUGUUCCAAUACAUGUAGACGGGUAGGAUUAGUUGAAUUCGUUUGGGAGAAAGUACCGAUCGAGGUUGAUAUGCCGCUUUCCUUUCAUUUAUUAAAAGCUGGUAGAGUAGAUUGAAUUAACAUCAAUGCAGGACGACUUCGGUCUUUAGUGUGGAAGGCUCGUAGUAAGCAUCGACAUUCUACUUAACAUUAAAUUUACAUAGUGCUCAGCGCAGUUGAUAAUUGAAACUUGUAUGAUAAGGUAGAAUAACAGCCGUUUAAAAAUGACGUCAACUUUGACGGUUCCAGUGAGAGUGGCCGGUAUUAUGGAGCAUCCUGUAGAAGAUAAUUAUGAGUGUGAAAACAACAUGGAAGACGAUGAUUCAGAGGAGUUUGAAGACGCCAAUGAUUUUACGGUGGAGCUGGAUGUGAAAGACAUGACCCUGCACAGGGCGCUAGAGGAAGCUAAGCAGGCAAUUUUUUAUUUUUUCAACAACCAAUUUACCGAAGCCAAACAGCUAAUGAGUCCUUAUGCAACCGUCUCUGUGUACCACGCGUUAGGGCACGCAAUUUUUUUAUUUUUGGAGGCAAUUUUAACAGUCGAACCAGCUGCCAUCAGGUCUGCUUCUAAAGCCCUAAAAGACGCACUGGUGGUAUGUAACCGAUUUAGAAAGAAAAACACCAUUGGGGAAUCUAUUGGCAAGAUGGUGAAAAAAAAUCGCUAUGAACAGUAUACUGAAAUGGAGGCUCAUGCCGAAUUAUGUCACGCUGAAUGUCUGCUUUUGAAAUCAAUGCUUACUUUUAUGGAGGAUGAAACAUUGAGUAGUUUUAUCAAAGCUGGGAUCAAGAUUAGGUCUUGCUUCAACUCAUACAAAGAGUGCCAGCAAAUACUGUUCAAGAGGCAAUGGGAAAAUGAAGAGACCAAAUUGCAUUUUGAAAGUGGUGUGAAGAUGGGCAUUGGAACUUUUAAUCUGAUGAUAUCUCUGCUUCCUUCAAGAAUCAUUAAAUUGCUAGAAUUUAUCGGCUUUUCUGGCCACAAGGAUCAAGGGCUCAGCGAGCUGAUUGAGGGAUAUCAGCUAAACGGAAUCCGGCAAAUCCUAUGCAUAAUGACGCUUUUGGGCUAUAACUUAAUAGUAAUGCAUGUGUUGAGUCAUAGAGAUGGAGAUACCGUUAUUUGCCAAGAAAUGCUGAAUAAGCAACUCAAAAAGCAUCCAGAUGGGGUCUGGUUUCUCUUUUUCCAGGGAAGGUUGGAGUUUAUGAAAGGAAAUCUAAAUGAGAGCAUUAAAUACUACACUAGGUCGUGGAAAUCUCAAGACCUCUGGCCUCAGUUUCACCACGUGUGUUUUUGGGAACUUUUAUGGGUUCACUGUUUAAAAUGUGAGUGGAGGGAAGCACUGAAGUACAGUACAAUUUUAAGUGAAAAGAGCAAAUGGUCUAAAUGUUUGUAUAUGUACCAAAAGGCGGUUAUUAUGAUUAUGAUGAAAGACGAUCUCACGUUCGAAGAGCAACUAGAGCGGGACAAUCUCAUGAGGGAUGUGCCCAAAUACAAGCAAAGAAUAGCCGGCAAAUCGCUGCCCAUGGAGAAAUUUGCCAUAAAAAAAUCUGAGCGGUACUUCAGCCAAAAAAAGUUACUGAUUUUACCAGUUUUGGAACUGAUGUUUAUGUGGAAUCUACUAAAAAUAAUGAAGAACUUUAGCAUAGCUGGAGACAUUAUAACUUUAAUUGAAGCAGCUGAAACGGAAGUUGACUCGAACUUAAAGCCAUCCAAGUACGAUCACGACAAUAAAUGCUUAGUGUAUCUACUCAAAGGGGCUUGCCUAAGGCACAUGGGCGCUCCUCACCAAGCAAUACACUACUUUGAAAAAGUUAUCGGUUUCCAAAAGGAGAUAGUGGAAGAUCACUAUUUAGUGCCUUAUGCAAUCGUUGAAUUGGCCUUAGUUGAAUGGGAGCAAGGCCAUAAGGAGAAGGCGUAUCUUGCAUUAGAGGAUGCGAAGAAAAACUACACAAGCUACUCUUGUGAAUCCCGGUUGCAUUUCAGAAUACAUACCGCAUUGUCGGAGCUUAAAGUUGAACUGAAGAAAACCAAACAUUGAAUAACUAAGUUCUGGAUUGUUAUAUUAUAUAUAUAAAUAUAUACAUAGUCUUAAUGUGUACCUAAAGUGUAGUUCGUUCCUAGUCAAUUUGUAUGGUGUUGAAAAAAACUGGUUGUUACGAAUGUGCUUUUAAGCUCGUCCCAAGUUUCUUUCCUAACUCUUCCCUGGCACUGUUGGGUCACUUUCUUGCCUUUGUUAAAAUAAUAUUUAUUUGCCCUAGUACAAAAUGCCGCUAUUGAAGAUUGAUUGGAAUCAUUUGCAUUUGGAAUUACCUAUUUACGUUGUUAAUGUUCUCCAAAUGCAAUUUUUUUCUUGAAUAUCUUGUUAUAAAGGUUCUUUUUUAACGUAAUUUAGUCUACCUUCUCUUACUUGUUUUAUGCACUAGUUUUUUCAUAUAUAUGGCUGUGCUGUUAUGCAGUGUUUAAUUAGGUCUAGCUGUUAAUUGGAAUUGUAAUAAAUAUUGAACUUGU